AUGUUGCAAGGUUCGAUCCCAGCCUCUUUCAAAGGGUUACUCAACCUAAAAGUAUUGUGCCUAUCCUGUAACAACCUUUCUGGCACUAUUCCAAAGUAUUUGGCCAACUUUACUUCUCUGACUAGCUUGAACCUUUCUUUUAAUAAGUUCCAAGGGGAGAUACCAGAUGGAGGUAUUUUCUCAAAAAACAUCAGCUCUCAAUCUUUGAUGGGAAAUGCUGGGUUGUGUGGUGCCCCACGUCUACGAGUUUUGCCAUGGCAAGUUGAUUCACACCCAUCCAACAAACACUCGCUAAGAUUUUUGCUUCCAGUUCUCAUGAUAACACUGGGGGCUAUAGCAAUUCUCCUAUACCUAAUGAACAGAAAGAAAAAUAGGAAGCAACCAGAUGUUUCGACUUCUAUUGACAUGGCUGACGUGAUCAGCCGUAGGUUAAUAUCCUACCAUGAUAUUGCUGAAGCCACUGAUAAUUUCAACGACGACAACAUACUUGGAGCUGGAACUUUUGGUAAAGUUUACAAGGGCCAACUGGAUGAUGGUUCGGUUGUUGCAAUUAAAGUGAUCAACAUGCAAGUCGAGCAGGCUGUGAGGAGCUUUGAUGCUGAAUGUCAAGUGCUACGAAUGGCUCGCCAUCACAACUUGAUACGGAUAUUGAAUACUUGUUCCAACCUAGAUUUCAGAGCACUGUUGCUUCAGUACAUGGCCAAUGGUAGCUUGGACGCACACUUGCACACUGAAAAUUGGGAGCCGCUAGGAUUCAUCAAGAGAUUGGACAUUAUGCUUGGUGUGUCGGAGGCGAUGGAGUACCUACAUCAUCAUCACUAUCAAGUUGUUUUACACUGUGACCUGAAGCCUAGCAAUGUGCUCUUCGAUACGGACAUGACGGUGCAUGUUGUUGACUUUGGCAUUGCAAAGUUACUUUUGGGCGAUGAUAACUCCAUGGUAUCAGUGAGUAUGCCAGGGACGAUUGGUUACAUGGCCCCAGGUAUGUGUACUUGCUACCAUCAUGCUUGA